CGCGCCUUCCUUUUCGUGCAAGGUUGUUGAGCGCUGUUCUUUCAGGAAGCGUCUUUGAAGCAGGACGCAUCCAGCAGUCGCAACCAUGGCGGACCAGACGAACAGACCGCACAGGAAGGGCAAAGAGAAGAAGGCGCACUCUGGCGGGCCGAACCCUAAGGCUUUCGCAUUUGCAGCGCCAGGAAGACUGGCGAAGCAGGGCGCGCGUUCUCAAGAUGUCAGGGAAAAGCGCCUCCACGUGCCGCUCGUCGACCGUCUCCCUGAAGAAGCACCCCCAAUCAUUGUCGCCGUCGUCGGUCCCUCAGGUGUCGGCAAAACAACACUGAUCAAGAGUCUGAUCAAACGCUACACCAAGCAGACGCUCUCCUCCCCAUCCGGCCCCCUCACCGUCGUCACUUCGAAGCGCCGACGCCUCACAUUCAUAGAAUGUCCUUCUGACUCGCUCGCCAGCAUGAUCGAUAUCGCCAAGGUGGUCGACAUCUGUUUGCUCAUGAUAGACGGAAACUACGGCUUCGAGAUGGAGACUAUGGAGUUCCUGAACGUGCUCUCCUCGUCCGGUAUGCCAGGAAACGUGUUCGGUAUCCUCACACACUUGGAUCUCUUCAGGAAGCAGGAGACGCUGAAGCUGCAGAAGAAGCGCCUCAAGCACCGCUUCUGGAGCGAGCUGUACCAGGGCGCAAAGCUGUUCUACCUCUCGGGCGUAGUCAAUGGACGGUACCCUGAUAGGGAGAUCAUGAACCUGAGCAGGUUCCUGAGUGUGAUGAAGAACCCAAGACCGCUGGUUUGGAGAAACUCGCAUCCGUAUUGUUUGGCGGACAGGUUCCUGGACAUUACGCCACCGACCGACAUCGAACUGAACCCCAAGUGUGAUCGCACGGUCGCGCUGUAUGGAUACCUACGUGGUACAAACUUCCCGGCAGGAGGGUCAAGAGUGCACAUACCUGGUGUCGGCGAUCUGACUGUCGCGUCGACUGAAGCGCUGCCAGACCCCUGUCCGACGCCGUAUUUCGAGAAGCAGGCGGAGAAGAUUACGGGCAAGAAGAAGCGUACGCGCCUGGGCGAGAAGCAGAAGAUUCUGUAUGCGCCCAUGUCAGACGUCGGUGGUGUUUUGGUCGACAAGGACGCAGUGUACAUUGAUGUAAAGACAAACACUUUCAACACAGACGAAGACCCUGAUCAGGAGCGCGGACUCGGAGAGCAGAUGAUGAUUGGUCUGCAAGGGGGCAGGAAGCUGCUUGGUGAGGACGACCGGGGGUUCAGGCUGUUCAGCGGUGGUGAGCUUGUCAACAACCAGAACAUCGAUGACGACGAAGACGCUGGAAAUACCGGGCGAAGGUCGCAGCGAAGAGCACGAGCUGCGGAUGCCGACGAAAUCGACGAUGCCGACCUCGACGACAUUGACAGCGAUGAUGACGAGCUCCAGCAGGAUCACAGCGGUGACGAGGAUGAUGAGGACGAUACAGGGUUCUUGGACACAAAUGGCUCGUCAUUGAGAAAGCCAAAGCUAGCGCGAAAGGAAGAGAAGGACGAUGCGGCAGAAGAAGUGGCGUUCGCCGACAGCGAUUCUGACCUUGGUUCGAUAUCCGGGGAAGAACCGGAUCUGAGCGAUCUCGAGAACGGCGACUUCGACUCUGAGGAAGAGGAUGAUGAUGAUGGUGCUCUGAACUGGAAAGCCAACCUUCGCGAGAAUGCAGCCAAGAUGCACGGACGUAAACGACCAUACCGGAUCGCAGAGCUGGGUAAGUUGAUGUACAGCCUCGACAUUGCGCCGGAAGAUGUGAUCAAGAAGUGGAAGGGAGAUGAGGAAGAGGAAGACAUUGAGGCGGAUGAGGACGACGAAGAUGGUUUCUUCAAGAAGUCGAAGGCGCAGGAUGCGAACAACGAAGAUCGUUACAUUGCGCGCUUCAACUACAAAGAGCUGGCAAAAAAGUGGGAAGAUGAGGAGAAUAUCGAGGCACUGAAGAGUCGAUUCGCAUCUGGCCAUAUGUCUGGAAAGGGCGGUGACGGCGAGGACGAUGACUUUGAGGGCUUCGAUGGUGAGGGCGACGACGACGAGGGUGACGGCGAGUUUGAGGAUCUUGAAACCGGCGAGAAGGUCGGUGGCGACGAGCCUAACACCGACGCUGAAGCUGAGGCGGAUGACAUCGAGGCAGAGCGAGAAAAGAACGCGAAGCGGAAGGAGGAGCUCAAGUUGCGGUUCGAAGAGGAGGAUCGAGAAGGUUUCAUGAAUGACAAAGCAGAUACUCGGAAAGAAGGCGGCGCACAAGAGGAAGAAUUCGGCGAGGACGAUUGGUACGAUGCUCAGAAGGCUUUGCUCAAAAAGCAGCUCGACAUCAACCGCGCCGAAUUUGAUCAGCUGGACGAAGCCUCCCGCCAACGCGUUGAGGGCCACAAGGCUGGUACAUACGCCCGUAUUGUACUAGAGAACGUGCCUUGCGAGUUCUCCACAAACUUCAACCCGCGAUUUCCAGUCCUCAUCGGCGGUCUCACGCCAACCGAGGAGCGCUUCGGCUUUGUUCAGAUUCGUAUCAAGCGUCACCGCUGGCACAAGAAAAUCUUGAAGACGAACGACCCCCUCAUCUUCUCGCUCGGGUGGAGGCGGUUCCAGACCACUCCCAUCUACUCCAUCUCCGACUCGCGGACGAGAAAUCGUAUGCUCAAGUAUACGCCAGAGCACAUGCAUUGCUUCGGUACCUUCUAUGGACCGCUGGUGGCUCCCAACACAGGUUUCUGCUGUGUCCAGUCGCUCUCGAAUAAGACACCUGGGUUCCGGAUAUCAGCCACAGGUGUUGUCUUGAACGUUGACGAGUCCACCGAAAUCGUCAAGAAGCUCAAGUUGACAGGCCACCCUUACAAGAUCUUCAAGAAUACAGCUUUCAUCAAAGACAUGUUCAAGUCUUCCCUCGAAAUCGCCAAAUUCGAAGGCGCUUCAAUUCGCACCGUCUCUGGCGUUCGUGGUCAGAUCAAACGCGCCCUUUCCAAACCAGAAGGCAACUUCCGUGCCACCUUUGAAGACAAGAUUCUCAUGUCCGACAUCGUCUUCCUACGAGCCUGGUACCCUAUCAAACCCCGCCGUUUCUACGCCGCCGUCACCAACCUUCUUGUCCCACCUACACCUGAGGACAAGGAGGCAGGCGAAAGCACAAGCUGGACGGGCAUGCGUCUCACCGGAGCUGUCCGCGCCGAACUCAACCUCCCCACACCAUCGAUUAAGAACUCCGCAUACCGCCCCAUCGAGCGCGAAGAGCGAAAGUUCAACCCUCUCCGCGUCCCACGCAAACUCGCUGCCGAGCUGCCUUUCAAGUCUCAGAUCGCCCAGAUGAAGCCGCAGAAGAAGGAGACCUACUUGCAAAAGCGCGCUGUUGUUUUGGGUGGCGAAGAGAAGAAGGCCAGGAGGCUUAUGAACCAGGUCAUGGCCAUCAGAAACGAGAAGGUGGAGAAGAGGCGCGCAAAGCAGGAGGAGCGCAAGCAACCAUACAAGAAGAAGAUUGAGGAGAAUAAGGAGAUGAAGGAGGCCAGAGAAAAGCGCGAGAAGCAAGAGUACUGGCAACGUGAAGGCAAGAAGAGGCAUCACCAAGGCGAUGGUGAGAGCGGGCGUGGUGGUGGUGGCGGGAAGAGGAGGAAGUAG